AUGCACCGCGACCUCAAGCCAGACAACAUUCUCUACAAGAAAUCCACGGCAACUGGAUCUCCGCCUACCUUUGUCAUCUCCGACUCUGGUCUUGCUACAUCUGUGACGAACAUCAGAGAUGUCGGAGGCACCCUCGUUUGCCUCGGGCCCGAGGCAACACGGGAUGGCAUCAUGACAAAGCCACCGACGUCUACGCCUUUGGUCUCAUGCUUCUGGAGAAAGAAGCUGGAGACAAAUGUCAAGCUCGAAAGUCAGAGAGAAAAGUGCAGGAAGUAUCAAGAUAGGGCGCCACUGCGGAAUCCGUUCCUAGCCAACUUUGAGCCAAGACACGGCCGGGUGCAGUCUCUGAGUGAUUUCAGAGUGCUGCAGCCAUCUGUUGAAGGCAUCCUAUACGAGGACCUGAAAAAGAGGAGUGCCGCAGCGAUGGCUCGCCUUGAACUCUUGAGGGAAUAUGAGCCCAAAUUGCUGCCGAGGGAUAAGAUGGCGGUGAGGAAUAAGCGUUAA